GGAUACAGAGGACAUCAUCCCUGGAAGAACCAUGGCUUUAAAAGGAAUUGGAGGUGUGCGGCCUGCUGUGCCCAUGGCCUGUGUGUACCUGGAUUGGGGUACAGGCAAAGGUUUGCGGGAGGUGGGGGUCUCUGAGGACAUCCCUGUUAAUGUUCUGCUGGGGAAUGAUUUGGUUCGGAUGCUCUGUCAUUAUGCUCCAGAGGACACUACCUGCACACCGGAAGGGCUAGGAGAGAGCCCUGUUCAUUCUAAGGUACUGUGCGUGACUUUGGGAGACACUGCGAGAUGUGGUAACUGGGUGGGAUUGCAGGGGAUUGAUAAUUGUUUACCCGUGACUGAACCAGUAAUGUUUUCCAAAAGUGGAAUGGGGUGUAUUGUAAAAUGUGGUGACAAUGCAUUGCCAAUGCCAAAACCUAGUAGAGAUGGGCUAGGGGGAGGGGUUGGUGUGCCCCUGGUGACAUGUAAGGAUGAGGGACCAGCAGUGAGUGCAAUGUCCCAAUCCUGUGAGCCUAAGGAGGAGGAGGGAAGGAGUGAUAGCCCUGUGUAUGAUGCCUGUAUUGUUAUGUCUGGAACUGAGGGGGAGGAAGGUAAUCUCCAGGGAGGCAUACCAAUGGUGGCAGUGGUAAUGCGUCAGCAGCAUGCCAGGGCUGCAGCUUUAACAGGAAGGGAGGAUGGUUAUGCAAGGGGCAAGCUGUGUGAUUUGCAAGCCACAGCAGAGGAAGGUGGAGAUGCUAGUUCACCUGGGGGAAAUGUGCUCCCUGAUACCAUGAGAUGGGGGGAGGGAAAUGAGCAUCUCCAGGAAGCUCUGCGCAGUGACCCUUCCCUUGAAGGGCUGAGACAACGUGCUGAGCAUACAGAUGUUGACACAGAUGGGCAUCGGGUAUAUUGGGAAAAUUAUAUCUUGUACUGGGAGUCCCUUUCCAAAGGCAUGCUAGGGGCCCAGGAGAGAGAUAGGCAGUUAGUGGUUCCUGGGCAGUACAGGAAAGAGCUGCUGAGGUUGGCCCAUGAGACCCCCCCUGGCAGGACAUUUGGGAGUGGCCUAUGCGGUCAUAGAGAAGGAAUGUCUAGCUGUGGUUCGGGCUUUGCAAAAAUUACAGCCAUACCAGUAUAGCAGGGAUUUUACUGUCAUAACUGAUCACAACCCUCUACAUUGGUUGGACAGAGUGUCCGGUAACAAUGGCACCUUGAAACAAAAACUAAAAACAUUUGUAGAAUCGGAGGGCAGAGACUGGGAAAAGUAUUUACCCCAUCUGUUAUUUGCUUACAGGGAGGUACCCCUACAGGUUUCUCGCCCUUUGAGUUAUUAUAUGGUCACAAAGUGCGGGGGCCCCGAGAUUUAGUUAGGGAAGAAUGGGAAGGGGGGCUACUUGACCCUGAGACUUCUGUGGUGGAGUAUGCUCUGAGAUUCAGGGACAGGAUGCAGACAUUGACUGGGCUGGCACAUGACAACCUCACAGCAGCACAGUCCAGGCAGAAGUACUGGUAUGAUCACAAUGCAAGGGACCGGGUCCAUGAAGUGGGACAGAAGGUAAUGGUUCUGAACCCCAUCAGGCAGAAUAAGUUGCAGGCUGCCUGGGAGGGUCCUUUCCCCAUUCUGCAGCGCCUAGAACCCACCACAUAUGUAGUUGCCCUUGAUGAGAAAGGUCAGAGGCAGAGACAGUACCACAUUAAUAUGGCAUACUAUGACCCUGAGAAGGUGGUACUCAGUGUAUGCAGUGCACCAGAGGAAGAGCUGGGUAGUGAUCCACUACUAGAGGAGGAAGCUAAGAGCCAGGGAUCCCUUCAGGAUGUAGAGAUCAAUCCACAGCUCUUAGCUGCAAAGAAAAGGCAGCUAAAUGAGGAAAUAGGCCCCUUCAGUGCCAUCUUUGCCUGGGAAUUCAGGGCCUGUGGUGUCAAGAAAAGAAAUAGAUGGUUAAGGGAGACAGAUCUAUCAGCCUGGAUAGGCAAGAUUUCUCUGUCCCCAUCUUAAGGGGGAGGUGUCAGGCCCAAGGCCUGAUUAUUAAAAUCCUACAUGUGUAUUAUAAAUUAUAUCUGUGUGUGAUGGAUUGUCCAGGACAUGGGUGAGAGGUCAUUCGGACGGUGUGUCCUUUUGUGUAUUGCAUUUUAUUGGGGGUCUGGCUGUUUGUUUACAUCUCCUUUGAAGUCAAAGGCUUUUUUGAAGUCAUGCACUCUGGUCCCAUCCUAUAAUCAAACAGAUAAGGGGCCAGGAAGAGAGAAGACCCCCUGGUGGGAUCAGAGGGGAGGGGGGAAUGGAGUCUCCCUCCCAAGAAAGCAGAUAUGAUAUUUAAAACAAUGCUAGACCCAGGGUGUGGAAGGCUGUGCCCCAAGCUGACAAGACCAUCCUAAGAACAGCUGGAACUCACUCUCAUGGACUGCUAUAUCAUCAUGCUCCAAUCAGAAAGCAGCACUACUCAAAUAGAACUCCCGUGAGGUCACACAUGUGAUGUCAUAACCUUUGUCAUCAGUGAGGGGCCUAAACUGUAGGAACCUAGGAAUACACAUUCAUACCCGCCUGUGACUGAUGCACACCUUCCAGGCUGUGGGGCAGCACAUACACGGAUGGACACAUUGGCCCAAAUUCUAGAGGUAACCUCCUUUAGUAUGCCCAGAGGAAGGGCAGUACAGUAGCCAUGGAUUCCCUACAGGUUUCCUCCCCUCUGGAGGUUUUUCCUGUCCUGAGUUAGUUACUGUCCGCUCUUUGUGAGUGAUGGAGGUUACAUAAAAUCCCUACACAAACAUUUUAAUAAAUAAUAAAUAAAGUUCCCUUUGUUUAAACUGUU